AUGUCAGUCACCAAGUACGAAAGAGAGUUUGUCUGGCUCAACAAAUAUGCUCGGGAGUGUGUAUCCUCUGAGGCUAAAAUGUAUAGAAGGUUUGAAGGCAGACUUAAUGAGGGUAUUAGAGUGUUAACGGGUAUUCUUGAGCUGAAGGAAUUUGUUGUGCUCAUUGAUCGGGCUUGUAAAGUGGAGGAACUGGCUAAGGAAAAGAGAAAAGCCGAGGCUGAGGCUGAGGCUAAAGAUAUAAGGAAGAGGCAGAUGAGCAAUUCAUUCCCUUCUCAGUAUAAGAAAUCUAGAGAUAUGUAUUCUCGUUCUCAUGUUUCGGUCAGGCAUUCACACGAAAAUUACAGGAAGCAAAAUUCGGGUUUUAAUUCUCAAGCUACAUCUGUGGCUAGUAUGGACUGCCCCGAGAUGAUCGAGAAAGAAAAAUUUCAGAGUACAAGGCUUAAUAGUACGGCUAUAAAGGCGAGACCCUCUAAAAAUGCCGGUAAUGGGGCUAGUAGCAAAAGUGUAAUGAGGGAUACAACGGUGAGAUCUGAAGUUAGAGUUCCAGCUAGGGCCUAUACCAUACGUGCACGUGAGAACGCUUCUUUUCCCGAUGUGAUCACUGAAGAAUUGUCAAGUUUAACUCCAAUUAGAGAAGUAGAGUUUGGUAUUGAUGUAAUGCUAGGGACGACACCUAUUUCGACUGCCCUGUAUAGGAUGGCCCCGACUGAGUUGAAAGAAUUGAAGUCACAGUUGCAAAAAUUGACUGAAAAAGGUGAUGGUACCCUAGUUGAUCCUAGCAAGAUUUUUGCUAUUGUCGAAUGGAAACUGCCAAGGAAUGUAUCUGAGGUUAAAAGCUUUUUGGGCUUAGCAGGUUACUAUCGAUGGUAUACCAUGUCAACCUCACGUGGUAAAAAGACCGUCGUCCCCGCUUCGAAGAAGAGGAAAGGAGCAACGUCAUUUUGGGGUCCUACCGCUGAGAUUUGCCACCCUUUCCUUCAGUUCCCCUUAGGACCCCAGGAAGAACUCUUUCAGAUACUUUGA